AUGAUGCUGUCUUUACAUCUAUUGGUUGCACAUUCGUUAUACCUUUUUGGCUUUAAUGCCACCUGGAACGAUAAACUAUGCUCAUCCCUUGGAUUACUGACUCAUUAUUUCUGGUUAGCAUCUAUUUUCUGGAUGCAUAUUUGUACUGUUCAUAUGUUUAGAGUUUUCUUCAGUAUGAAAAUGAAACCGACUGUCAAACAAUCAAAACGAGUUGUAGUUGUCUACAGUUUCUAUGCUUCUAUUAUUGCGGGUCUGUUAGUAGCCUCUAAUAUAACGUAUUAUUUAGCAAGUGAUCAAAACAAGCAAACAAAUGGAUAUUUAGGAUACGGGGGAGACAAAUGUUAUAUAACAUUGACAGAAAUGAUACUGUUUACUUUUGCAAUUCCUGUUGGUAUUCUCCUAGCCUCAAAUGUUGUUUUGUUUUGUUUGGUCAUUUACAAGAUUGAAAAUCUUCCAGAAGUGAAUUCCAACAAAGGGAGAGAUAGAAACAUGUUUGUUAUUUAUGCAAAGUUGACAUGUCUCACUGGGAUAACAUGGAUGUUUGGAUUUAUCUAUGAAUGGAUACAUGUACCUGCAUUUUCAUAUGUAUUUAUUCUUUUAAAUGCAUCCCAAGGAUUGUUCAUAUUCUUAUCUUUUUGCUGUAAUGAUAGAGUCAGAUUACUGAUAUCUUACAAAUGGCGAGGUCUAUAUACACACGAAUCGGGAUCAUCUAGAAACUCUUAAUAGAAAAUAUUGAUCCUUUAAAUGAUUUGUAAACAAACAACUUAUUGUCGAAUUGUAAACGAUUUGGAAUUGGUUUUUUAAUUUUAAUAUAAAGGUUGCAUUUAUGCGGCUAAAGGAAUCUGCAGAAUGGUUAAAACAGUUUCCAUGUCAGUUCAACGUGCUUCGGCUGCAUUCGAGUGUAAACAUAACAUCAGCAUUAAAUGUGGCAUCUGUUAUUUUAUAACAGGAAUGCAAUGCACCAAGAUGAUAUGCACCUAAUAUGUUUUUUGCGUACAGACAAUCAUUGUCUAUACAUAACCUGUUUAAAUGUACCUGUAGUUCUUCAGCUGCAACGCAUUUACAUCUAAUCGCUUUUGGAAGAAUAGAAACGUACUAUUUGGUGUGUGUGCGUGUGUGCUUUGUCUUUAAAACCUUUAUCUGAUGUGUUUAAAUGUCAAAUAAAACACGAUGUAAUUCAAUGCUUGGCAUUGUUUGUUUGUUUCAUUUGUUCAACAGA